AUGUCACACUGUCGAGCCCUGGAAAUACCAGCUGCUCUCGAUCAGGCGCUCCUGCUUCAAACCAAGUUGGAUAGCGCAAGAAAGAAUGAUGCUCAUUUAGCAUUCAGUCGGGUCAGAAAUCCGAUGACACACCCGGAACUUAAUCAUUCUCACUUUCCUGAUUUGUACUACGCUGCCAUCUCUUACGCUAAGAUUAAUAAACUGGUAGGGGACAAUUUCCAAUUGUCGCAGACACAUACAUCGCGCCACGUUUAUCUAAUAGAUAGGUAUAUAAAGAAGGUUGCUGCCGCGGAACUAGGAGAAAUGACACAUGAGAUCAGAGAAAAAUUUGCGAGAUUAUGGUACCCUGUUAGUAGCAGACGACAACAGUCCUCUGACAGUGAAGAGGACGAAAGAGAGCCGCCGUGGAGGCGCGUCCGCCGUUACUGA